AUGGCGGAAGAUUUACAAUCCGCAGGGAUUCCCGUGCCUGAAAGGACCCUGCGAGAUUUUCAAGGAGUCAUCGCACGGAUACUUCCUCAAUUUGCAGAGCAGGAGCAAACCAACAGCCUCCAGGAUGUAGUCUCACCUCUUUUGAAGACUGCGGACGUGGUGGAUUUACCCGCUUCACACAGGGCUGCCGCAUGUAAUAUCUUAUGUGCCAUCAUCGACGCCUGCCAUGCCUCUAAAGUUGAAUAUGCGCGCAACGCAAUCUUGGACGACGGUAUAUGGUUCCGACUGUUUGAAAUCUUUCUUCAGAGGUCAGAAAAUGCGAAGGCAAAAUCCAUGAGGCAGGUCCUGUUAGUCCUUACUAAUGUGUUGUUAAAAAACCAAGGCACACAGUCGCACCAACAGCGAGAUCGAGCUGUGUCAACAUUUCUUACCAUUAUAUGUCAUCACCAGGAUCGCAUGCAAGUCAAACCAGCUCUACAAGGCCUGGCGCACUUUCUCUCUAAGGGCAUCAUAUCAAUUUCUGGGGUAGUUGAGCUAUAUCAAACUCAACAAGGAGGGCAUAACCCACUGACGAGCCCCCAAUACAUCCAGCUAUUAUUUGGGGAAUUUCUUCGCUGGACUACACAUCAUGAUACUGCACCAGCUGCUGGUCAUUUGAUUAAGAAUGCUCUAAUUCAAAUUCGAGCAUCGUUUAAGGUCGAGGACAUGGCGAGAGCUAACGUGGUGACAUUUCCUCUCUGGAUUGAGCCCGUAAUCACCGCUAUUCGUCGCUGGCCGGAACGAAUUCAAGAAUUCAAAACCAAUGUCUUUCCUCAUUGUUUUCUUCCAAACAUGGAUGAGUACCUGAGCUUUCUCUCAUAUCUUCACCUAGAGCAUCACAUAUCUAUAAAGGGACAGCCACCAAAUCAACUACGGGUUCACGGCGAUAUUCGAAACAAUCUAGAAGGAUUCGAAGAGUUUAGUAUGCUUCUAGCCGCAAUCGAAACUGGAAAGGAACUGGGGAUUGUCAAAGACGUCGAUUGCCGCCUUUCCAACGCCAUUGAAGUAUAUGGGAACUGUAUACAUUUGCCAGAUGAUUCCUUUAGUAGUUGGCUAUCUCAUCCAACUCCUAGAGUUCAACUUGCAGGACUAUAUCUAUCAGUACACUCAACUGCUAUAACGAGGCCGAUCACGAGUGGGAUUUUCAAAUCCCUCAAAAAGAAUUUACCUCAUAUACAUGCGAAUACAGACGCUAACUUCCGAGGGGAGGUGCUUGGGCUCGUGCAACGACUAUUUGACCGUUUAAGAGGAAGCACAGCAGCUCUGGCAAAGUCGGAAAGUAAAAGCAGAACGGGCGACAGGCUUUCGUUCCCCAAACGCAAGGAGCACGUCAAGGCCAGAGUGCAAUUCAGCUCAGAAAAUAGCUCCCUUUUGGAACAUUUGGAUUUCAUCAGCUGGUAUCUAAACUUUCUUGAGUGGGAACUGCGUCCCGGUGCAUCGUACCAGAGACAUAUAACUGCACUCAAAGCUUUGACCACUGUUAUGAGGUCCGGCUUGGAUCCUGGUGUUCCACAUCGCAACCUGUCCAAACAGGCCCAAGGAAAAUUACGCUGGGCCCACGAAUUGCAUGUGCCUAACCUUGGACUGGAGAGAUUACUACUUGAUCUAAUGUUGGAUCCCUUUGACGACGUUCGAAGUGCCGCUGCCUUUAUAUUACAGCUCUGUCUGGAGUCGCACCCGACUAAAACCAAUCGUGCGACAAUCUUUCCAUAUUCCAAUUUCCUUGUGCGUGCAGAGUUGCUUAUGCUUCAGACCGGACGAGCAGAUCAGGCAGAUGGUGUUGCUCGAGCGUAUUCACUCAUCUUCUCCCAAUCUUCAAAGGAUCCACAGAGUACGCAAACCGCAAGCAUGGGUCACAUGCAAACAAGGAGUGAUAUAUUCAUUCAUCUCACGGAUCAACUGGAAGAGACCCUCCGAAUUGCUUAUAACGAUAUUUCUCUCGCCGUUAACGGACGUCCGGUCCAUGGCAUUUUUUCUGCAUUGCGCUACAUCGUCGAUCAAGAUCAAUUCUAUCCCGAUAUAAGCCAACUAUCAGUCACUGAGCUUGACGAAUGGAAAAAAGCCCAUGAACAAAUCUGCACGUGCUUUGUUACCCUCUGGUCCUGCAUUCGAGAUGUGCUUUGUACCGAUGCUCCAGAAGGCUACGUCCCAGAAGAACUUGAAGAUGAACCAAGUAUAAACACGAAAGAGAUCUUAAGUUAUUCCUGGAGAGGCUUGAAGGAAGCCAGUGUUCUUCUCCGUGCCAUAGUCAUGAAGGCUCCAGUGGGCACAACGGAAUUCUCCCUCUUAAACCCUAAGACGUUCAGCAUGCUUGGCCGACUUUGUUUCUCUCAGCUCGCAGACCUCCGACAUCGUGGCGCUUUCUCCACAGUCGCACAAACUUUCGCAGCUUUCUGUCGCCGCUGUGUUUUAGACGAUGAUGAGACGCUUCGAGCUCUCCCAGAAACAUGGUACCUGGAGACUAUUAUGUGUAUACAAGAUAAAGCGACUUCCAUCACUCGAAGAUCAGCAGGUAUUCCUUCCUUGAUGGCAGGAAUCGUCGCGGCAGAUAUACAAACCGGUGAUAGCCUUCUCUCUCGUGCUAUACGGGAUCUGAUUGAUGAGGCAUCCCAAGGAGCACAAAGCUCAAACAUUGAACAAAGCCGCCUGCCUCAGGUUCAUGCGCUCAACUGUCUCAAAGAGAUAUUCACCACAUCUAGGCUCAGUGCCGCGUCUGAGACGUACAUUGGGGUUGGGCUCGAUCUUGCGGCGAAAACUCUGAAUUCAAAAAUCUGGCCGAUAAGGAACUCCAGUCUCAUGCUCUUCAAAGCUCUAAUCGAAAGGUUGCUAGGCAGCAACGAAGCCCAGGAAUGGACAGAACAAGAGCAAGGAAAGACGUCAAGAUUCUCCUACAUUAAUUUCCCAAACCUGGUCGACAUACUCUCCAAUAUGCUAAAUACUGAAAACGCCUCAGCAUCUUCGGAAGAGCCGUCUUCCAGUAGCAGUUCACUUCAUGGUGCUGAAGGUGUAUUUCCUGCUUUGCAAAUACUUCAGCAAGCACCACCUCCCGAAUCACACCGCAAGUCAAUAGUGGAAUUAGUUCUACGCCUUACCAGUAGCCCUCACUGGUAUCUCCGCGACAUGGCUGCCCGGACAUAUGUGUCCCUACAACGUCCCCAUGAGUACUAUGACAACAUCAUCGCACUGCUGUACUCUCUCCCUAAUUCUCAUAAUGCACAGCAUGGUCUACUGCUAUGCUCGAAGUAUAUGAUAGCAAAACUUUUACGGAACUCUCAAGAUGUGGAAUGUGAUGCGAAGUUAGCUAACUUGUUAGAGGAAUUUUCUAGCGUAUUUGGUAAGAGCAAAUGCCCGUUCACCAAGGCGGCGUUUCUAGACCUUGCGAUAAUUUGCGGAGUCUCGAUUUCACGUAAGAGCUUGGUUUCUGGAUCGACUCUACAGGCAUCGAUGAAGAUCAACGCUGCUGUUGCAAAUGUUCACAGAGGUUCAAAAUACCACAAGAGCCGGAACGCAUUACUUAGAAGAGCACAGAGCCUACAACUCAUCAUCAAUUACUCGAUACUACAACGUGAAACUUUUAUUGGAGAAGGAUGGCCAGAAAGCCCUGGCAAUCUUCGGGACGAUCCGUUCGAAUUUGCUACAGGAGACGCAGACUCCCUUUGCGCUCUACUGGAACUCGUCUCCGAUAUAAUUCAACACUCAGAUCCAGGCUCUUCAGUCGUGUCAAAGACGCAUUUGCUUCAUCACAUAUACACAGGUGUCUUUCCUCUUGCACACCACGACGUCAAAUCAAAAGCUCAGUUUGUUAUGGCUAAAGCAUUUACGAACGAAUGUCUAAGAGCCGAAUUCUUCAAGAUUGAAAGCCAACGAGGUAUGGAUAGGGGAAUUCGCAGCAUCGAUAAUUUUGAAGGCCAGUGUCUCGAAGGUUCUCCUUCGACGAUGCAGAGCGCAUUGCGUCUCCUGGGAUAUUUCUUGGACUUUGCUUUUCAUGCCUUUCCCGAGCAGCGCAGGACACUUCUGCCCCGAUUCGGUCGCUAUGUCCGUUUGCUACGGAGGACGAUUGAAGAUACAGUGCCAUUUGAUUCCCGUCACGCCGCCGUGUUGUCCAUAAACGGCUUACACCACAUAUGGACAGCACAGCCGGAAAACAAGUCUACAUCAUCCAUCAUUCUCUGUUUCACCAUCAUCUUGUAUGACCUUCUUAACGACGAUGACGACGAGAUCCGCGAUACUGCCGCCGUAGUCGCAGCUAAACUUCUUCGAGGCCAAGGCCACGGCCACUUGCGUAACUUGAAAGAUGCUGUCCCCAUUGCCACAUCCCAGCGUCUUACGCGCUUCCUUUGUCAAUCAUUCACCAACUCUCAAGACCUAUGUAGAGAGGCAUUGCGCCGGCUCACAGGUGCCCCAUCAUCCAUGGCCUUGUUUACCCGCCCAUUCCGAGAUUUGCUCGCAGAGAAAAGAGAGGAAGACACCGCACUCUUUGUACAAGAGAAGCAGAAUCUAUUCAAGGAUGACAGUAUCGAUGCGGUGAUCUGGUCCCGCGUCCUAAAGUCUCUUUCCCUUGCAGCAAUUCCUGAGGCGGUUGUAUUCGGCUUGAAGGACUGGGUGCUAGAUGGGGUGUCAGCUUUGACGGAUAUGGCGAGGAACGAGGUAGAUGGUCCAUUAGGCUGGACGACAAAGCCUGACGUAUUUGCGUUAGGGAUGAGGCUUAUUUGUGCAGCUGAAGUGACGUUAUAUUGGCCCGGUGGCGAGAAAUGGAGAGUUAGAAAAGCGUUGAGGAAAUUUGCGGAUGUGGGAGAGAUGAAUGGGCUUAAUAGCUUUUGGGUGGAGAGGAUAGAGAGGGUUUUGGCAGAUUCGAUCGUGAAUGUGGUGAAGGGAGUGUGUAGCAGCUUGCCUGCGCUCUAG